AUGAUCGGGCGCGAUGUCGCGGACGAGCUGCCCUGGGUGCUUCGGAAUGUUGAGCGGCUAGCCGACAAGUUUGCGACGGCGCAUGUCGUGCUGGUGGAGAACGACUCCCGGGACGGCACCGCGAGCGUUGCAGUCAGCGCGGUGCUUGUGGAGCAGGCGGGCACGGCAGGCCUGCCGCCGUCUGGCCCCGCACAGCCAUAUGACCGCGUCUUCAACUUCUCCGCCGGCCCUGCGGUGCUGCCUGUCGAGGUGCUGGAGCAGGCGCAGGCAGACCUGCUGAACUGGCGCGGCAGCGGCAUGAGCGUCAUGGAGAUGAGCCACCGGGGGAAGGAGUUCCAGAGCAUCAUCGACACCGCGGAGGCCGACUUGCGGGCGCUGCUGGCUAUUCCUGACAACUACCAAGGCGGCGCGUCCACCCAGUUUUCUGCAAUCCCUCUGAACCUGGCUGCUGAUGGUGACACGGUGGACUACAUUGUGACUGGCAGCUGGUCCAAGAAGGCAGCAGGAGAGGCCAAGAAGUACGCCAAGGUGAAUGUGGCGGCUACUGGCGAUAACAAGAGCGUGCCCGACCCCAGCGCCUGGAACCUCAGCCCAGAUGCAAAGUAUGUGCACUACUGCGACAAUGAGACCAUUCAGGGCGUGGAGUUCAAGGCGGUGCCUGCAGUAGGCGAGAAGGUGCUGGUGUCCGACAUGAGCAGCAACUUUUGCAGCAAGCCGGUGGAUGUCAGCAAAUACGGCCUGAUUUAUGCCGGUGCGCAGAAGAACAUUGGCCCUGCAGGCGUCACCAUUGUCAUCGUGCGAGAUGACCUCAUUGGCAAUGCACGGCCCAUCACUCCCGUGAUGCUCGACUACCACGUGCAGGCGGGAGAUAAGAGCAUGUACAACACGCCACCCUGCUGGGCCAUCUACAUGUGCGGCCUGAUGUUUGCCAAGAUGCGCCGCGACGGUGGCCUGAUGGCAAUGCAGCAGGCGAACGAAAAGAAAGCCAAGGUGCUGUAUGACGCGAUUGCCAGCAGCAACGGUUUCUACAACAGCCCCGUGGACCCAGCGGCGCGCUCCCAAAUGAACGUGCCCUUCACUAUUCCCUCCAACCCCGACCUGGAGAAGGAGUUCAUCAGCCAGGCAGCCAAACUUGGCAUGAUUCAGCUCAAGGGCCACCGCAGCGUGGGUGGCAUGCGCGCCUCCAUCUAUAACAGCAUGCCCCUUGGCGGGGUGCAGCAGCUCUCAAGUUUUAUGGCGACCUUUGCAGCGCAGCAUGCGUGA